UUUUUUUUUUGGCCAAGGAUUAGAGCUGGGGUUUCUGACUCGGGUCGGUGAGUCAAAAUGCUGGAUUGGUGCUUUGGAGCUCGCCGAGUUCGGCAGAUGCAGAGGGCGUUCCGUCACGGCAAGAUCACACUGAUGUGCCUGCUAAUGACCGUCGUCGUUCUACGUGGCACCAUCGGAGCUGGAAAGUUCGGUACUCCUGAGCAGGACUUCAACGAGAUCCGUGAACACUUUCACAAUCGGAAGCGAGUCGAGCCUCACCGAGUCCUCGAGGAAGCUGAGGUCAGUACCGAGUCGAGUGAGAGUAAUAACUACGCCACAUUUGAUAUAUCAAAGCUAACCGUCGACGAAGGGGAGGACGAAAAACCGGAUCCGAACAAGCCGUACAGUCUAGGCCCGAAAAUCUCCGAUUGGGACGAGCAACGAGCUGAGUGGCUUAGAAAAAACCCCAACUUUCCCAAUUUUAUUGGACCCAACAAGCCUAGAGUUCUUUUGGUUACUGGGUCUUCACCCAAGCCUUGUGAAAACCCGGUUGGGGAUCAUUACUUGUUGAAAGCAAUCAAGAACAAAAUCGAUUAUUGUCGACUUCAUGGAAUAGAAAUCUUUUACAAUAUGGCACUUUUGGAUGCCGAAAUGGCUGGGUUUUGGGCGAAGCUUCCUUUGAUUAGGAAGCUUUUGCUGUCUCAUCCGGAAAUUGAGUUUUUGUGGUGGAUGGAUAGUGAUGCAAUGUUCACAGAUAUGGCCUUUGAGGUCCCCUGGGAGCGGUAUAAAGAUCACAAUUUUGUUAUGCAUGGGUGGAAUGAGAUGGUGUAUGAUCAGAAGAACUGGAUUGGAUUGAAUACUGGGAGUUUUUUGCUUAGGAAUUGUCAAUGGGCAUUGGACAUUUUGGAUGCGUGGGCUCCGAUGGGUCCAAAGGGGAAAAUUCGGACUGAGGCAGGGAAAAUACUCACGAGGGAGCUCAAGGAUAGGCCCGUGUUUGAAGCCGAUGAUCAGUCUGCCAUGGUGUAUUUAUUGGCUACUCAGAGAGAUAACUGGGGCGAUAAAGUGUACCUAGAAAGUGCAUAUUAUUUGCAUGGCUACUGGGGGAUUUUGGUUGAUAGGUAUGAGGAAAUGAUUAAGAAUCAUCAUCCAGGUCUUGGUGAUCAUCGGUGGCCGCUUGUAACACAUUUCGUGGGGUGUAAGCCUUGUGGGAAGUUUGGGGAUUAUCCAGUGGAGAGAUGCUUGAAGCAGAUGGAUCGGGCAUUCAAUUUUGGGGAUAAUCAGAUACUGCAGAUUUAUGGGUUUACUCAUAAGUCACUUGCUAGUCGGAGAGUGAAGAGGACACGAAAUGACACGAGCAAUCCUCUUGAAGUCAAGGAUGAUCUUGGGUUGCUUCAUCCUGCUUUUAAAGCUGUCAAGGUAUCGUCUUCUUGACGGUUUAUGGAAGUACUUACUCAAAAUCGAGAUUGAGAUGUUCUUCUCACUUACUGCUGUUUUUGUUCACCUUUAAGUUAUAAACCAUGUUAUUUUGUAUGUACUCCCUGGUCACUGUCUGUGGUAGCUCUGGUGAUUGUAUUCCUCCAUUUUUCUAUUUUUUUUUUUAAUUUUUUUUUUUGUGAUUUUAGUGUUUAAAUUAUAUUCAUUUUGAAAAGGAAUGCAUAUCAUAAAUUGUGCCCCUAAUAUGCAAUUUGUAUUUUAUCAUUUGCGAACUGUUAGUUACUA